GAGUCCAAUUACAUCACGGCCGGCCCGCCUUAAAGCGCGCGCAGCGGCUCGCCGGCCCAGCACACGCGCCCCGGUGCGCCCCAGACCUGCACGCGGAGCCACGACGCCACACGGGCCGGACUCAUGGACCUGACCGGGCACAAAGACACGAAGCGGACCGGCACGGCGCGGUACGGCAUCAAGCUGUUCGUCCUGUGUCACGGCCUCCUGCAAUUCUCUCAGCUGCUGUACAGCGCCUACUUCAAGAGCACCAUCACCACCAUCGAGAGGCGCUACGGCCUCAGCAGCUACUCCUCGGGAACCAUUUCCUCUCUCAACGAGGUCAGUAACAGUGUGCUGAUCGUGUUCGUCAGCUACUUUGGGAGCCGGGUCCAUCGCCCUCGUGUGAUCGGGGUCGGCGGACUGCUGAUGGCCGUCAGCGCCAUGAUGCUGACCUUACCGCACUUCUUGUCCCAGCGCUACGACUAUGACUCCGUCUUGCACAAGGACGACGGCAUUUGCAGACCGCAUCGCAACGCGAGUGAGGCGGAGUCCUGCGGCCGCGCCGACACCAGACGACUGGCAGACACCAACAACCUGUGGCUGCUGAUGGCCAGCGCCCAGCUGCUGUUUGGCGUGGGCUCCGUUCCCAUCCAGCCCUUCGGCAUCUCUUACAUUGAUGACUUUGCUGAGCCUGGCAACUCACCAAUUUACAUCGCCAUCCUGUUCGCAGUGUCUGUCUUCGGGCCUGCCAUUGGCUUCCUGCUGGGCUCGUUCACGCUUCAGAUCUACGUGGACGUGGACCGGAUCGGUUUCGGAGCCGAACAGGGGCUGAAGCCCAGCGACCCGCGGUGGGUGGGGGCCUGGUGGAUGGGCCUCCUCAUCACCACCGGCUGCCUGAUCCUCACCUCCAUACCCUACUUCUUCUUCCCACGCAGAAUGCCCCCGGGAGACAACGUUACCGGGAGUGAGACUGAUUCAAACGACGACUUCAAGAAGCCUGAAAUGUCUCUGCUGGAUUUCCUGAGAAUGUUUCCCCGGAUGUUCGUCCACCUCCUGCUGAGCCCUCUGUUCCUCAUGCUGGUGCUGGCGCAGUGCUGCUUCUCCUCGGUGAUUUCGGGUCUGGCUACGUUCCUCAACAAGUUCCUGGAGCGACAGUACAGCGCUUCACCGGUCCGGAGCAGUCUGCUAGUGGGCGCUGUGAAUCUGCCCGCCGUGGCCGUGGGGAUGCUGGCGGGCGGAGUCAUCAUGAAGAAGGUGGGCCUCUCCCUGAAGGCCAUCCCGCGCUUCUCCGUCAUCAUGCUGACCACCUCCACCCUGCUGUGCAUCCCGCUCUUCUUCAUGGGCUGCCCCACGCAGAAGGUGGCGGAGGUCAACACCGGCCAGGUCGGACCGUACGGGCCGCUGUCCAAGUGCUACUCGAACUGCUCCUGUCCCGCCGCUGCCUACAACCCGGUGUGCGGCUCCGACGACAUCGAGUACCUGUCUCCGUGCCAUGCAGGCUGCACCAACUUCACCAAAGACCCCAACAACACCCACAGGGUGAAGAUGUAUACAGACUGCAGGUGUAUCCCUGGGGGCCAGAGCGAGGCCCGCCCGGGCCCCUGUCCCAACAGCUGCCCUCAUCUGCUCGUCCCGGCCAUGCUCGUCCUCUCUCUGGCCGCACUCAUCGCCUGCCUCACCCACAACCCCAUGUACAUGAUGGUGCUCAGAUCCGUUCCCUCUGAAGAAAAGUCGUUUGCAGUGGGAAUUCAGUUUUUACUCAUGAGAGUAUUGGCCUGGCUUCCUGCUCCGGCUCUCUUCGGGACCGCCAUCGAUACGUCGUGUAUUAGGUCGAAGUAUAUAUGUGGAAAGAAGGCAGGCUGCGCCUACUACGACAACAACACCCUGAGGAAUCGGUACUUGGGCUUACAGGUGGGAUAUAAGAUCAUGGGCAUCGUCCUGCUCGUCAUGCUGGGCUGGAAGGUGCAGCGGACGCAGGAGUACAGUCUGGAAAAGAGGCCCGAGGGACUUCUGUGAUCCCGCCAGACUUUCCUUUGAUCGGAGCCUCUCAGCGGGUGACUGUCUGAAGAAGACUGAGACUGAGCGAUGUACGUCGAACGGAGGCGUCCGUCUUGAGGCCGCCGUCCGCUGACCUCAGUUUGCGUGGGCCCACACCUGCUUCCCUGGUCAGAGUUCAAAUGUUCAUUUUCCAGAGAGAGACAUUCCGAAUGUCCUCACGAUUGGAAUUAUCACUUCAAGUUAAAACAGGACGGAAACGACACAGCGUGUGAAAUCUCACAGUGGUUUGCAUACAUCCAAGAAAGUGGCGAGACUCUUUAAUCCAACAGCAGUGAAUUGUCUUUGUGUGUUGUGCGUUCCCUAAAAGGGAGGACUCUGUUGGGGCUUCUCACUCUCCCAAUGGGAACAUAUUAUGUAACUAAUUAACUGCAUAGCUUAAUAUUUAAGUUUAUUUUUUAUAGACGUUUGUCUCAUACGCAGAGACAUCUUUGAUAACUGCGAUACUCAUUUCAUAUAUGAUCACAUGUAACACGUUAAUUGCAAUUCUAAUUUUUUUUUUUUGUAUAUAUCAAGUAUGUACACUGUUAUGGAUGAACUCAAUGACAUGAAUUGACCACAGUUUGUGCAAUCUCAUGUGUCGUGUGGUUGUCAAGUGGAGCACAUAUAUAUGUAAGCACUACUGAAUAUUAAAAGAAUAUACAGUGGA